CGUAAACAAACCGAGGUCCUCGUCGCCGCCGCUUCGCUCGCCAUGGACUACGAGUGGAAGGAGAAAUUGAACAACGAGAGGGCCAAAGUGGAGGAUUUGUUUAGUUACGAGGGUUGCAAGGUCGGCAGGGGAACGUAUGGCCAUGUGUAUAAGGCGAAGAGGAAAGAUGGGUUGGACACUAAAGAAUAUGCCCUCAAGCAGAUAGAAGGCACUGGAUUGUCUAUGUCAGCAUGCAGGGAAAUUGCAUUGUUGCGAGAGUUGAAACAUCCUAACGUGAUAAACCUCCAGAGAGUAUUCCUUUCACACGCUGACAGAAAAGUUUGGCUGUUAUUUGAUUAUGCAGAACAUGAUUUGUGGCACAUCAUUAAGUUCCAUCGAGCGUCAAAAGCCAACAAGAAAACUGUUCAGGUCACAAAGGGAAUGGUCAAGUCUCUUCUAUAUCAAAUUCUUGAUGGAAUUCGAUAUCUUCACUCCAACUGGGUUCUGCACAGAGAUCUGAAACCUGCCAACAUCUUAGUCAUGGGUGAAGGAGUAGAACGGGGGCGAGUGAAAAUUGCCGAUAUGGGUUUUGCAAGGUUGUUUAACUCACCCCUCAAACCUUUAGCCGACUUGGAUCCUGUAGUAGUAACCUUUUGGUAUCGAGCGCCAGAGCUUUUGCUUGGGGCGAGACAUUAUACCAAAGCCAUUGAUAUUUGGGCUAUAGGAUGCAUCUUCGCAGAACUAUUAACCUCAGAACCUAUUUUCCACUGUAGACAAGAAGAUAUAAAGACUAGUAAUCCAUACCAUCAUGAUCAGUUAGACAGAAUUUUCAAUGUAAUGGGCUUCCCACAGGAAAAAGAUUGGGUAGAUAUUAAGAAAAUGCCUGAGCAUGCAACUUUAAUGAAAGAUUUCAAGAAAAACAACUAUGCAAACUGUUCGCUAGUUAAAUAUAUGGACAGACACAAGAUCAAACCAGACUGCAAGGCUUUUAUGUUGCUCCAGAAAUUAUUGACAAUGGAUCCAACUAAAAGAAUUACAUCUGAACUAGCAAUGCAAGAUCCCUACUUCUUGGAAGAUCCAGUUCCUACACACGAUGUUUUUGCAGGUGGACCCAUACCUUAUCCAAAAAGAGAUUUUCUGUCAGACGAAGAACAGGACGAUAAGUCGGAUAACAAGAAGAAGGUGUUCAUGGAGCAGAGCUGGACAAACCAACAAAGAGCAGCAGCUGCCAAGGUUAGAGUUUGGGAAUGGGGACUGUGUCCAUGGUGGGAGCUUUUAGAUUGGAGAGUGUAUGAUUGUGAUAACCAUGGGUCCAGAAAAUGAUAUUUUUCUCGCUUU